UUUUGCGCUAUUGUUCCACGAAUGAAGGCUCGCAAAAUCCUAAUCACGAUGAAAUCGCGAAAACAGUAGUCUAAAAGACGUUUUGGCCCGGUUUGCGGUAGACAUUUCUUCAAGUUACAAAUGUGUUGGACAGAAAGGAAGAAUAAAUGUCCAUUUCCCUGGUAGUUCUUAGAUUUGAGGUUGCGGACGAUUUGCCUGGGCCGCAAGGUUUAGAUUACUGUGCCCCUGGAUUUAUGGCUUGUAAAGAAAUGUCUAUAUCAGACAAGGGCAAACUGGCUAGUGGAGAGGAUAAGGAACCCAUGUCUACUGAUUCUAUCUCUGAGGAAAAAAUGAAAGUUCACCGGGGUGAAAGAUACGUCCAUGACAUAAGCAUUGAAACUCAUGCAACGAGUGGUGACAAAGAUACAAACUUAGAUUCUGGUCAUGGAGAUGAAAAAGAGGAGAAAAGUGGUGGGCAGGGAAAGGUAGCUUUCUUCUGUGGAAAUCCAAUUGUUGAGAUCAUCCAGGGAAUCAUUCAUAUUUACAAGAACAAUGACAUGACUUUAUUAACGGAAGGGGUCUAUCGGAGUGAAAUGAUCUGCAUGUUAAGUGUACCUGCUAAGAUGACCUGCAAAGACCUCAUGGAGUUUGUAGCUCCCUCAGAGGAGUUUAUUGAAUGUGUCAAGAUCAUCAGAGAUAGCAACCCUAACCAAUAUAUGGUUCUUGUGAAAUUCAGGAAUCAGGGACUUGCAGAUGAUUUCUACGAUACAUACAAUGGCCAACCAUACAAUCUCUUAGAGGAAGAGGUUUGUCAUCUAGUUUACGUUGCUAAGGUGGAGACCAAGAAAUUAUCAGAGGGGGGAAGUCUACCGUGUGAAGGGCUGACUGAAUUGCCUAAAUGCCCGGUGUGCUUGGAACGUAUGGAUGAAUCUGUGGAAGGUGUUUUAACCAUUUUAUGUAAUCAUUCAUUUCACGGAAGCUGCCUAUCUAAAUGGUCUGAUACGACUUGUCCAGUAUGUAGAUAUUGCCAGACUCCUCAGCCCGUCGACGAUAACAAGUGUUUUGAGUGCGAUUCAAGUGAGAGCCUGUGGAUUUGUCUUAUUUGUGGUCACAUUGGUUGUGGGAGAUAUCUCAGAUCUCACGCGAAAAGACAUUUCCAAGAAACACAGCAUACAUAUUCGUUAGAGCUUGGAACACAGCGAGUUUGGGAUUACACAGGAGACAACUUUGUUCAUCGUCUGAUCCAGAAUAAAGCAGAUGGCAAACUUGUGGAAUAUGGCACGGGACAACAGGUUGCGGAUGAAGAAAAAAUGGAUUCACUGUCACUAGAGUACACGUACUUAUUGACGAGCCAGCUGGAGAAACAAAGACUUUAUUUCCAAGAUAAGAUAACACAAAUUGAAAAAGAUGCUGUAGAAGAGAUGAGUAAUAUGGAAGAAAGAACAAAGAAAACACUAGAGGAAUGUAAGAAGCUGGAAUUCAAGCUCACUGAAGUUGAGCAGGAAAAGAAGAACUUAGAAAAAAAAUACACGCAGGUUGCGAGUAAGGUUGGCAAGCUUGCUAAGGAUCUUAAAGACGAGCAAGAGUUAAACAAAUGCUUGUUAGGGAAUCAAAAGUUAUGGCAAGAAAAGUUACAGCAAACGGAAGACAAACUUAAAGAUGUAGAAGCUACCAGACAACAGGAGUUACAAGAUGGUCAACUUUUCCUGGGUGAGGGAUCUUCUCCGAAGCACCAGUCAAAGGGAAAAUCGAGACGGAAGAAAUAGGUUACUUAACAAGACAAUUCAAACUAGCGAUAAUCGAGUCACGCAACUAUCUACGAAAUCACGAAACAUCGCGUGACGUCACGACAAGGAGAAACAAGCCUUGGACUCAAUUCAUGAUUCAGUUAUUGGCGGAGAAAAAGGUUGCUUAGGCUAGCGAGAGAGAGAGAGAGAGAGAGAGAGAAAGAGAGAGGCUAUUACAACUUCUUCGUGAUUGGGGAAAAUCUCAGAAUUUUUCGUUAAGAAAGCAUAGACGAUAUCUCUGUAGAUUUGGUGGACUUAAAUAGGAGUCUUUUUGACAAAAGUUGGACAAUACCUACCCGAAGCUGUACAGCGCAAGCUUUAUCCUGCAGUUUCCUGGGUAAACCCGUUGCCACGAAUCUAUCCCCAUUUCCCGCGCAUAGGCGUGCGUUUUCCAUGCUACCAGCCUGCGCCUGGGCACUGGACAUCAACCUCGUUUCGAAGAGUUUCCCAGUCAGUGUUUUCAAGAUGGCGGCUGGUUUUCAAGAUGAAAAAAAUGUGGAACGAGGUUGAUGUGACGUAAGGUAUCGUCGUUGCAUCGAUCUUCUAAGUCGCAAAACCGCGCAUAAUUAUCAUCUGACAAUCAGUAAACUCUUAUACAAAACGUGAUGUUUUAGUAAUAUUUUAAUUCAAUUUGUACCUGGGUUUACUCGCAACACGAGCUGUUUUUGAUGUGUAAAUUUGGCUCUAAUAAAGAUAAUUAACAGCCAGUCAAAGAACACAUGGCUUUGCCCACAUGAAAGCCUAUGAAUUGUGAUCUUUUCCUCUGUUUUACUUAAUUUUGGUCACUGGUUUGGAGAAAAGAGACUGCAAAAUAUCUUUGGUUGAUAAAAAUAAAGUGGAUUUUCGGU